GUAUGGUGUGUGCCAUUGCAAGCCGGCUGUGUGGCUCUUAAUUUCUUCUGAAACUCUGCUGGUGGUGAUAUUUCAGUUGAAAGUACUAAAAACGUUAAGGGUAACGGUUGUAGCCACGUUGCUUAAUCUGUUACCUACAGGGACAUAAGAUACCGUCGUGCAUAUUACCAAUAUAGUAAACAUGCUUGCGAAAUUUGCUCAUACUGGCUGUUUUACUUUACAUUUCAAUGAGAGAUAUUGAUAGCAGUGGAACUUUAGAGGAUAGAAGAUCUUACAUCCUUUGCAAAUUUUAUACGAAUGGAUGUAUUGGUAUUUGAAGAACUGCUUUGUUUGGUUUCGCCUCUGAUUCAGAAGAAAGACACGGUGAUGCGUCAGGCAAUUACGGCCCGGGAAAGGCUUGCUGUCACACUGCGUUUCCUAGUGACCGGAAACAUUUACAAAUAUUUGGCCUAUUCUACACGAAUAGCGAAAAACACGGCCAUAGCAAGUGUGUUUGGAGAUAAUGCAAUACAGGUACCCACAAGCAGAGGAGAGUGGGAGCAAAUUGCAGAGGAUUUCGAGAAGAAGUGGAACUGUUAUAACACUAUAGGAGCAAUGGACGGAAAGCACAUUCGUAUUAAAUGUCCACAAGCUAGUGGGUCUCACUUUCUCAAUUAUAAAUCCUUCAACAGUAUCAUUUUAUUUGCCAUGGUAGAUGCUUCCUACAAAUAUUUCUAUGUAGAUGUAGGAACUAAUGGGCGUGUUGGUGAUGCUGGAGUGUUUUCAAAAAGCAAACUACGUGAGUGUCUCAUUGACCGAUCUAUGCUCAACAUUCCUGAAGGCAGGAAGCUUGGGAACACAAACAUUACAACUCCAAUGGUAGUACUGGCAGAUGACGCUUUUCCUCUGAGUUAUAACAUUAUGAAGCCGUACCCCUUAAAAGGACUCACAAAAGAAAAGGUUUUCAAUUACCGACUGUCACGAGGGAGAAGAUUAGUGGAGAGCAGCUUUGGCAUUCUUGCAAGUUGUUUCAGGAUUUUUCUUACUACCAUUAAUCUGCCUCCUGAAAAAGUUGCCACAAUAACACUGGCUGCCUGCACAUUGCACAACUUGUUAACUGAGAGAAGAAAACACUUGUACAUUUGUCAGGAAACAGUGUCUGCCGUAGUAGGAGACUGCACUUAUCUUGAGACACAAAGCACUGAGGACCUACAGCAAAUGGAACCAGUAGCUUGCCAAGCUGCUUCUGGACAUACAGUACACGGGAGAGCAGUUAGGGAAUACUUUAAGGCAUUUUACAAUGGCGCUGGGAAAGUGCCCUGGCAAGAUAAUCACAUUUAGUAACGUAAAAUGUAAACAAAUGUACAUACCUCAAACAUUUCCUCAAACGUCGGUGUGGCACGUUCACUUCCAGUUUCACUUUCCGUGCUCUCCAUAUUGCACACACUCUCGUUGGCCUCUGUUGACUGGUCGAGAAAUUUUAGCAUUUGGAACCAGUACACUUGUGGUGUGUACGUCGCCUGCGCACUGGCUCCACUUUUGCUUUUAUGCAUCUGCAAUGUUAGUAGUGAAAAUAAUUUAAACUACUUGUAGGUUACGUAAACAUUAUUGUAUGCUUAAAGUCGCUGCAGUGAACAAA